CACCUUUCAUGCAUCCUAUCAUUACAUAAUCUUUGAUUACUCAAUCUCAAGUACAAUAAGCUCAAAUAGCGUUGGAAAGCCCUAAUAUGAAGUCAUGGAAAUGGCGUGCAGAUCAUGACAGGAGAGUAUUAUUGGCAUGGCAGAAGCGCUUUGACAUUAUUAUGCAGAUUGUGAGAGGACUUCUGUAUCUGCACCAAGACUCUAAGCUCCAAAUUAUUCACAGAGAUCUCAAAGCUAGCAAUAUUCUGCUAGAUAGUGAUAUGAACCCCAAAAUUUCAGACUUUGGCUUGGCAAGAACUUUUGAAGGGGAUGACAAAGUAUCAGAAACCAAGAGAGUUAUUGGAACAUUUGGAUAUAUGUCUCCAGAGUAUGCAGUUAAUGGUAAAUUUUCAGCCAAGUCUGAUGUUUUCAGCUUCGGUGUACUUCUGCUAGAGAUAAUAAGCGGCCAAAAGAAUAGAAGUUUCCAUCAUCCUGAUCACCACCAUAGCCUAUCCGGCCAUGCAUGGUUGCUGUGGAAUGAAGGCAGGGCCAUGGAGCUGGUAGAUGCCUGUUUGGAGGAUUCUAUUGUUGAAUCUCAAGUUCUUAGAUGUAUUCAAGUGGGAUUAUUAUGUGUUCAAAAUUUUCCCAAAGACAGGCCAAAAAUGUCAUCUGUAAAUUUUAUGUUGGCAAAUGAAGAAGCAAUGUUGCCUCAUCCUAAAGAGCCAGGAUUCUUCACAGAUACAAAUUCCAAAGCAAACACACCAACAAGAAAGGAAGAAUCGGAUACUGUAAAUGUAGUGACUAUCACAAUGGUGGGAGGAAGAUAGAAAUUUAGCAGUAAUUUAAAAAAAAUAUAUUAUAUCUUGUUGCACAACUUAUUGAUUAUAUUUUAGCAUUUAGGUCAAAGAAACCAUCAAUUAUCAAUGUA